CUAGAUAUUUAGUCAAAUAAAUUUCUUUUUAAUUAAGAUAUCUCUAGCUAGCUCAAGUCCUUAAUUCUAAUUGUUUGAUCUGAGAUAUCAACCCUUUUGUUCAUUCAUACCCCUCAUCUUUGUGUGUUUUUGUGAACACACAACUACACAAGACAAUAUGAACAUCCCAAGUCCAUUUCUGGUUUUAGUUUGUCUCAUCUUUGUUCUUAAUGGUCAAGGAAGGACAAGAAGGGUGGAGGGAAAGGUCAAUGUUCACAUAGUUUACAUGGGAGAAAAGCAGCACAACGAUCCCGGGAUGAUCACGGAUUCACAUCAUCACUUGCUUGCCAAAAUAGUGGGAAGUAAACAAAAGGCCUCAGAAUUGAUGGUAUACAGUUACAAACACGGUUUCUCUGGCUUUGCUGCCAAGCUUACAGAAUCCGAGGCAAAAAAAAUUGCUGAGUUGCCUGGCGUCGUUCGGGUCAUACCAAAUACCCUCCACAGGCUACAAACAACUAGGAGUUGGGAUUCCCUUGGCCUCUCUUAUGAAUCUAAUUCCAAUCUUCUUCACAACAGCAGCAAUGGUGAUGGAGUUAUUAUAGGCGUCUUUGACACGGGAAUAUGGCCAGAGUCGAAAUUCUUCGACGAAAGAGGCCUCGGACCAGUACCCUCUCGCUGGAAAGGCGUCUGCAAAUCGGGCGAAAAGUUCAAUGCCACUCAGCACUGCAACAGAAAGAUCAUUGGAGCCCGUUGGUUCAUCGAUGGAUUUCUUGCUGAGUACGGUUUGCCACUGAACUCAUCAGGACAGACAGAGUUCUUAUCCCCGAGAGACGCAAACGGGCACGGCACGCACACUGCCAGCACGGCUGCAGGCUCUUUUGUGGGGAAUGUAAGCUACAAGGGCCUUGCUGGGGGCAAUGCACGAGGCGGCGCGCCCAAGGCUCGUGUGGCGGUGUACAAGGUUUGCUGGAACUUGCUCGGCGGGCAGUGCUCGUCCGCGGAUAUACUUAAGGCCUUUGAUGAGGCCAUACAUGAUGGUGUAGAUGUUUUGUCGCUGUCAAUUGGUUUUGGGAUUCCUUUGUAUGCUGAUGUUGACGAGAGAGAUGGCAUUGCUACCGGCUCUUUUCAUGCUGUGGCAAAUGGGAUUAGUGUCGUUUGUGGAGCUGGGAAUGAUGGGCCUUCGGCUCAGACUGUGCAGAACACAGCUCCUUGGAUAUUGACUGUUGCAGCCAACAGCAUUGAUCGUGCAUUUCUUGCUUCCAUCACUCUAGGAAACAACAAGACUUUGGUGGGUCAAGCUUUGAUUACCAGAAAAGAGAAUGCUUUCACAGGCUUGUUAUAUCCAGAGUCCCAUGGCCUUGACCCUACUGCAUCUGCAAUUUGUCAAGCUCUCACACUUAAUGGGACUGACGCUGCCGGAAAAGUGGUGCUCUGCUUCACCUCAAUGAGUGGUCGAAUCGCCAUAACAAGCGCAACAUCUGCUGUGAGAGAAGCGGGUGGUGUUGGCUUAAUUGUGGCCAAGCAUCCAAGUGGUGCCUUGUAUCCAUGCCCUGGUGAUUUCCCUUGUGUUGAAGUUGAUUAUGAGGUUGGCACCAAAAUUCUCUUUUACAUCAGGUCUACGAGGUUUCCUGUUGUGAGGUUGAGCCCUCCCAAGACAGUCGUGGGAAAACCUGUAUCAGCCAAAGUGGCCUUCUUUUCAUCUAGAGGGCCCAACUCUGUUGCACCAGCAAUCCUUAAGCCAGAUAUAACAGCACCGGGUGUGAACAUAUUAGCUGCAGCUUCUCCACUAGAUGAAUUUGCAGAUAAUGGAUAUGUAAUGCACUCAGGAACUUCAAUGGCAACUCCUCAUAUCUCAGGCAUUGUAGCACUUCUUAAAGCACUCCAUCCCACUUGGUCCCCUGCUGCCAUUAAGUCGGCAAUCAUUACUACCGCAAGGACGGCUGCUCCAUCUGGUUUAACAAUAUUUUCAGAAGGGUCUCCCCAGAAGCUGGCUGAUCCAUUCGACUUUGGAGGCGGCAUUGUAAACCCAAAUGCAGCAGCAGACCCUGGUCUAGUAUACGACAUGGGAACAUCUGAUUACGCACAUUACCUUUGUGCAAUGCACUACAACAAUUCUGCUAUAUCUCACCUCAUAGGAAAUCUCACAAAGUGUCCACUUCAAAAACCUUCUGUUCUAGAUGUGAACCUGCCUUCUAUCACCAUACCAAGCAUUAGGACUACUCCAAUUGUAGUAACACGAACCGUCACGAAUGUUGGGUCUCCAAACUCCAUUUAUGAAGCAACAAUAGAACCUCCAUCUGGAGUAUUGGUGUCGGUAAAACCUGAGUUCUUGGUAUUCAACUCUACUAUUGAAAAGAUUUCAUUUCAAGUUACAAUCUCCACAACCCAUCAAAUGAACACUGAUUAUCUCUUUGGGAGCUUAACAUGGACAGAUAAAGUGCACAUUGUGAGAAUUCCUUUGUCUGUGAGGACUGAGAUGUUUCAACCCUAUGGAAAUGACUAUUGAAAGCUCCUACUUCAAGCAUUCAUUAGACCUUUUCUAGGUCUUCAUGUUAUAUUCCGAAAAUAGCUUGCCAAAAAUUUUGCAUUAUAGAGAUGUUGUUGUGAAUAAAUUAUUUAUUAACCACAACUUGCAAACGAAAUGGUGUUACAAAAUUCCAAUUUGUUACAGCGAAAUGCUAUUUCAGGUCCACAACUGAUUUAGCAAGAUCAUCAC